AAGAAACUCUUUUUGCGCUUUCGAGAUAGUGAUGAAGUGUAACAGCAUUUUCCGUUUUCUGGUCCAUGUGUUUUACUUCUUAAAAUAAAGUAAUAUUGGAGGAUUCUCUUGUUUUAAAGUACUUGUUUGUUGGAAAAAAUGUAUAAAAACAAAAAAGAUGUUGACGUUCACGUGGAAAAACUAAUGUCCAAAUUAUCACUGAAAGACUUCAAAGCCAGAGCUUACUCGAUCGCGCGUUUAUAUUUUGAAGUGGGCGACUACGGAAGUUGCCAAAAAUAUGUGGAACAAUACCUUACCCAUAAAGCUAAUAAUGCAGCUGCCCACAAACUUCUCGGCCAAACCUUUCAAAAGAUGGGUUGCAAAGAGAGAGCAUUUGAAGAAUUUAAAAUUUCACUCGACCUUGACCCUGCUCAGACAAGUAUUAUUCUAGAUAUUUGCGAAUUACUAGUAGAUGAAGAUACUGGUAUUGAUGCUGGAAGAGCAAAAUACUGGUGUGAAAAAGCAGAAGCAACAUUUCCAAAACAUCCAGUUACAUUUAAAUUAAGAGAAAAACUUCUUACUAUUGCUAAUCCUGAUCCCGAAGCAUUGACCAAACUGCUAAAGUCUGAACUUUCGGCUCGGCCAAAGGAUGCAGUUCUACAUUUUCGCUUAUUGAAGCAUUAUUUGGAUACAAAUAAAGCACAGGAAGCAUUUGAUCACUGCUGUAAUGUGGAAUUUGAAAGACCACCAUUUUUGAACAAUUUUGCAUGGUAUGAAAUAAUGUCUGAAGUACUCAAGCGCAAUUCCAAUAAGAGCAAUGAUUGGUUAUUUCAACUUCUGUUUCUGACUGUCAAGGAGAGGCUUUGUACACUGAGUCUUACAGAGAUACCGCAGGGUCAGUGUAAAAGUUUAAUUGAAUCAAGGGAACUUCUUAAUGACUAUGAUCAGUCAAUAGCAACUGUUACAAAAGCUGGCCCUACACCAGGUUUAGCUGAAUUUCAUGCUAGUCUUUUACAACAUCACCGUGGCCAAUUUUCAUUCCUAGCUGCAACUUUUAUACUGAAAAAAGCUAAAAAAGAUCAACUCAACUGGCAUGAUGCUACAAAAUUAUCUUCAAUAUUAAUGCUCAUGUCAUGGCAAUCAUCUCCUGUUAGUCCCAAUGUUAACUGGCUUAAUGGUGCACCUGAAAAACAAAAAAAAGCUGUAUUUCGAUGGUAUAUUGAAGGAGCUUACAGAUGUUCACAAUCUGGUUACUUCAUCUUUAUUAACCACCAGGAUAAAACCCAGUUAUUUUUAAAUCAAAUAUCCCAAUUUUGUUCUGGCAAAAAUUGGAAAGAUAAAAUUUAUGACAACUUAUUUUCUAGAGAAGACAAAAACAAAGCAGAUUCAUAUCUCACAUCUAAUUUCUUUAAUGCUCCGUCUUUAAGACUUCCUAGAAAAGUGGAAAUACAAGGAUAUGAUAUAGAUGCUCAAAAACAGUAUCCAAAUUCACUUCACCAUUUUGUGUGGAUAUUGAUUAAUUAUAAUGACUUUGGUGAUUUUAAAUGUACUAUUUUUGAUAUGCUUAAACCAACAGUGACAACUUGUGGCCCUGAGACAUUAAAUAAGUUAGACAUUUUAGCUUUUCUAUACAGUGCUGCUUUAGCUGCUCAAAAGCAAAAAAGUAAAUUUAAUUAUAUUCCAGCUGAUGCUCCAAUUAUCAUACCAGCCAACAUAACAGACCUGCUGUGCUCACUGCCACAGAUUAAGUGGUGGGAUUGCGCAUAUAAAUUCAGUCAAAAUGAACUGGGUAUUGAAUUUACUGAUAUUCGUUCAACACUAACUAGAGGAAUUGAGGUUGUAAGAUGUGUUGACAAUCAUGGCCUAGACCCUGAACUGCUAUGUACACUUGGACGUAUCUUUGAUAAACUGUCUCAACUUGCACCAAUUGAAGACAAAAAUGUAUACGAAUCAAGGGCAAAACUAUAUUACACCUCAGCAAUACCACUUUUAGAAAAGUUGAAAAGUAAAUCUGUUAUUAAAUUACCAGCAAAGAGGUUAUUUGAUUAUACCCACAAAGAAUUUGAUAAUAAAGAUUUAAAUAUUUUGUUACAAGAGAGUAAGCUAUUUGUAGCUUUAAGCCAUUAUAAUGAAUGUGAGUAUGUAAAAGCUAUCGAAAUAUUAUCUGAUUUAACAACUCCUGACAGUUUUUACUAUCUGAGUGAAUCAUACAGAAAACUAGCAGAGGAAGAAAAGAGCACAUCUAAGUUUAACGAAAAUAUUUCCAAAUAUGCAACAUUAUUAGGUAAAGCCAAAAAUUAUGCUUACAAAUCACUAGAAACAAUUAAGGAAAAAGAUUCUUACAAAACAUUGCCAUUGUAUUCAUAUAUCCAAAUCUUAAUUGACACUAUAGAAUCUGAUCUUAGUAAGAUAGACAAAAAUUUAUCAGUUUCACUUUUGAAUGAUGGUGAUAGAAGAUAUUCUUCUGAUGAGAAUGCAUUUGAAAUUGAAAAUGUUCCUUUAGUCUCUAAAAGCAUUUCUCAAUUUAGUCGCAAUCUAAGUUCUACUCCAAAACAGUCAAGUAAACAGUUAUUAAAUAUGAAUUCGACAAAUUAUCGUACAGCUUUAGAUUCGCAAGUCUUCGACAACACAAAUUUUGAUCCAAAUUUGCUUGAUAGAAUUGAGAAACAAAUAAAAAAUCUUCAAAAAAGGGAUGCAACUAUAGAUGAUUUUAUGGAACAAACAAAGAAUUGGUUUGAUGAAAACAGGAAAUUAGGAAAUCAAAUUAUAAAUACUAUCCAUUCAAAUAUAGAAAAUACGACGGAACAAUUUAAGCUUCUUAAAAUAUCAGUUGACCAAGUAAAGGAUCAAGUUUCGGAAUGUAGAAAUGAAUGCAAGGAUGUUGCUGAUUUGAAAAAACAAAUUGCUGAACUCAAAAAAGAAGUAAACAAAUUAAAGAAAUCAUCUUCAGAACAAACACUCAACGAGAGUGAUCUUUAUAACUUGGAUGAGGAAUACAGGUCAAAUGAAAAUGCAAAUACUUUCGGGAAUCAGUUGCCAUUUACUGCACCCCAAGUCAUGCCUCCAUUCACACAAAGAAUUGUUCCCCCAUUUCCAGUACCACCUAAUCCAUAUCAUCUUUAUGGUCAAAAUUUAUAUAACCUAUACAAUCAAUACUCUCAACUAACACAAAAUUCUUCAGUCCCUGGUGCACCAACUAUGUUUGAGCCAAAUAGAGCCUCAGUUAAUUAUCCAGGUGUUUAUCAAACUCCUGACCAAAUGUACCUUGAUGUUGCUCAUUUGAUUCCACCUACUAUACCACCUAUUCCUGCAGUAGUUCCAUCCGUUCCUAAUGUACCUACUGUUUCAUGUGUACCAUCUACAAUAGCAAAUUCUGCAUCUACUUCUUCAAGUAAAGUUAUUCAACAAUCUUCGGAUGGUAAAACUUCCUCUAGAUCGUUGCCUGUAAAUGUAGUGAUAACUUCUUCGGACCCACUACCCACUACUUCUGCUCCUGCACCAAUACUAAGCGUGACAAUCCCUCAAAAACACAUAAAAGGAACUCCACACAACUAUCAGAUACCAAUGCCUAUUAAUACUGAAACUAGUUUGGCAGCUCCACCUGUUUUUAAUUUUCCGUCAAAUAAUAAAAUGACAACAGCAAAUAUAUCCACAUCUACUUCCAGCAAUAUUCUUUCGAGUUGGAAUAAGCCUGGCACUUUAACACCAAACCAAAAUACUAAUUUCUUAGACCUGAAUAAUUCUUCCAAGUCUGUAGGUGAUGGGGUAUUUACAUUGUCUUCACCAAAUACUAGUUUAAAUAAAUCGAGGACACUAUCUGAAAGAAGCAAUACCUCAAUAGAAAAUUAUGAUCCUUGUCCAGAUUUUAAACCAAUAAUACCAUUACCAGCUGAAGUAAAAGUUACUACAGGUGAAGAAAAUGAGACUGCAAUAUUUUGUGCUCGUGCUAAAUUAUUUAGGUUUAUAGAUAAGCAAUGGAAAGAAAGAGGUAUAGGUGAGAUGAAACUUCUUAAACAUAAUGAGACAGGAAAAGUUCGAGUACUAAUGAGAAGAGAACAAGUGCAUAAAAUUUGUGCAAACCAUAUAAUCAUACCUGAAAUGGAAAUAAAACCAAUGAAAAAUGAAAACAAGGCAUACUUUUGGGUUGCUAAUGACUUUGCUGAAGAGACGGUUAUCCUAGAAAAAUUUUGUAUUAGAUUUAAAUCUGUUGACAUUGCCAAAAACUUUUAUGACACAUUUGAAAAAGCACGAAUUGAAAGUUCAGCUAUUGCAGACAGUGUUACAAAAACAAUCGUACCACCUAACACUACAACUCUCACAACUGUGUCGAAAACUGAAUCAAAACCUGAAACAAAGGAAUCACAACCAACCAAAACAGUAAUUGGUGGAUUCACUUUUAGUACUACACCUUCAUUUAAAACAGUUACGGAAGUUUCAAAAGAGGAAACGAAAACCAUUGAACCAGUGACAACCAAGGUUAGUGUUUUCAGUGGAUUAACAUUUAAACCAACAAAUAGUUCUCCAUUUACUAAUGUUUUCAGUACAAUGUCUAACCAAAAAAGUGAAAUACCUAAAGUAGGAGAAUCAUUACGCAAAUUAAAUACUUCAGACACUAUUGAGGAGUUUGAACCAACAGUUGAUUUUAAACCAGUUGUACCAUUACCAGCUUUAGUUGACCAAAAAACAGGAGAAGAAGAUGAAAUAAUAUUAUUUGAGCAUAGAGCAAAAUUACUAAGAUUUGAUGCAAACAAUAAGGAAUGGAAAGAGCGUGGCUUAGGAAAUAUAAAAUUAUUGGUACAUAAGGAUAAUAAUCAAAAAUUACGCUUGCUUAUGAGACGGGAACAAAUUAUGAAAGUUUGUUGUAAUCAUGCAGUAACAAAAGAAAUGACUUUCCAAAAAAUGCCAAAUAUGGAUAAAGCUGUUACAUGGUGUGCCCAAGAUUUUUCAGAUGGUGAAUUAGUACCAGAAACUUUCUGCUUACGCUUUAAAAAUGUGCAAAUUUGUGAUGACUUUAUUGAUGCUGUUAAAACAGCGCAAUCUCGUUUAGGCGAUGAUAUCAAAGCUGCUAAAGAAGAAAAGAACAUUGCCCAACAAAAUAACCAAAGUGGGUUUGGGGAUCAAUUCAAAUUAAAACCAGGAUCAUGGCAAUGUACUGCAUGUUAUACUAACAAUUUAGAAAGCUUUAUUAAAUGUGCCUGCUGUGAAUCACCAAAACCUCAAGUUAUUAAAGAAAAUGUUAAUUCCACGUGGGGUGAUAAAUUUAAAGCAAAACCUGGAACAUGGGAAUGUAAACAGUGUCUUAUUCGUAAUCAAGCCGAUGGCGUAAAUUGCAUUGCUUGCAAUAGCCCUAAAGAACCGCAUUUAGCCAAGGCAGACGCUAAAGUGAGCAAAGAAAAUGUUCCAAAAUUCAAUUUUGGCAUCAGUCCUCAAUUGACGACUACAAAAGAAUUAGUACCCAAUAAGACUGUAGCAUCUGGGUGGGGAGAUAAAUUUAAACCCAAAGAAGGUUCCUGGGAAUGCAAACAAUGUUUUGUUAGAAAUGAAAAAGAUGUAAAAACAUGUACAGCAUGUAAUAGUCCAAAAGAUCCAGGUUCUUGCAGUUCUGAAGUCAAAUCUAUACUCAGUAACACCCCUACCCCGAAAUAUACUUUUGGCAUAUCUCAAAAGUCUAAUGAAACAAAUAAUGUACCCACAUCUUCUCUUUUCAAUACAAAUGCUUCCCAGACAUUUAAGUUUGGUAUUUCGCCCAACAAUGACUCCAGUAUUAAAGCAUUUGGUGAUAAUUCCAAAAACUCUGUACUCAAUCUUCAAAAACCUUCUAAUGGCAGUGAUGUUCAAGCAGAUAUAAAAUCAGAUAAAAAUGAAAACGAGAAUAGUCAAAAACCAGCUUUGUUACCAACACCUUCUAAUGCAGUCAAAUUUGGAUCAAAAGAGGGUGGAACAUUUGAUUUUGCAUUCAAGCCAAAGUCACCUGUGAAAAGCAAGAGUCCUCUAAAAUCUCCAAAAAGUGUUAAAGGAGAAGAAAGUGGCGAUGAUGAGUAUGUGUCAGAAGAUGAAGGAGCUCAUAUACAUUUCAGUCCUGUGAUUCCUAUGCCUGAUAAGGUUGAAGUGGUAACUGGUGAAGAAAAUGAAGAAGAACUAUAUGGUCAUAGAGCAAAAUUAUUCAUAUUUUCUGCAAGUGAGUGGAAAGAACGUGGUAUAGGAAUUGUUAAAAUAUUGAAACACAAAGAUAAUGGGAAGUUGAGGAUUCUAAUGCGCCGUGAACAAGUUCAUAAAAUAUGCCUCAAUCAUGUUUUAUCUCCGGAUGUGAUAUAUAAGCCAAAAGAUGAGAAAACAUGGUUGUUUGCAGCCAAUGAUUAUAGUGAUGGAGAUUUACAACUUCAACAAUUUUGUCUUAGAUUCCAAAAUAAAGCUAUUGCACAGCAAUUUAAACAGGAGGUUGACAAAGCUAUCAAAAAUAAGUAUGGGGAGAUAGAAGAAAAGAAAGAUGUGGAAUUAAAUGACUUAGAUGAUGUAAUUUUUGUAUCUGAAAUACAAGCUUCUACUGAAGAACAACAAAAGGCCAAAGAACUGAUGUUACCAGAAAACUUUUAUACUUACAAAAAUAAAAGCCCAUGUGAAGGGUGUCGAGGCUGUGAAGACGAUGAUGAAAAAGCAGAACAAACUGCAUUUAAAUCUCAAUCGCAAUCCGACAAUUACAACAAGAAUGAAGAUGAUGCAUCAACUCCUAUAAAAUCAUCAGCUGUUAAUCUACGAAGUAGUUUGAGUAGCUAUGGUACUCCCUCAGCCUCAAACAGGACAAUGGAUAAUUCUAUUUUCCAAACACCAUUAGGCAAUACAGGUCCCUAUAAUGAAAAUAGUUCACCCUCUACAUUGCACAAUACAUUAACCGGCAACAAACUUAACAUGUUUGGUGGGCUUUUUAAACAACAACCAUCGACAGAUUUAACUUCCAGUGAAAGUAGUGCAAUUAAACCUGUAACUUUUGUAAGUGCUGGUUUUGUACAGACUCCUACUACUGGUGCGAAAAGUUCAAUUUUGGCCGCACCUAAGUUUAAGGCUCUUAAUGCCCUUGGAGAGCAGCAGAACACUACACCAAAAGUUUCAUUUGCAUCUGAUGAACCUAAAAGUAUGUUUGGAUCAUCUGAGCCAAAAAAUUUAUUCGGUUCUGGUACAGGAAAUUUAUCUGGAGCCACUAACUCACAAAAAAACAUCUUCUCGAACUCGGGCAUAUCAACAAAUACGUCUAUAUUUAAAUCUGCAUUAAAUAAAAACAAUGAAACAAAUGAUUCUGAUGUGAAAUCAGUAUUUUCUAUUGAUGAACAAAAGCCAGUUAAUUUAUUCAGUGGAUCAUCACAAGGAAGUUUAUUUGGUCCAACAGUGCUGAAAACAAACGAAAUUAAACCUUCUAGUGGAAUAUUUGGCCAAUCUUCUACUUUUUCAUUUGGUAAUUUAAACCCAAAUGCUCAAGAUGCUACAAAGCCCGCAACUAGUGAUAAAUCUACCAUAGCUCAUAACAUUUUUAACACCCAAGAAAAAAGCACUAAUGAGGCGAAAAGUUUAUUCUCAGCAGCAAAUUUGAGCACUAAACCAAUUGAUAAAUCGGAUAACAGUGGCCAUGCUAAAGAAGCGUUAAAGAUACCUGAUGUCUGCUUGUCGUUUGCGGAAUUAUCUUCGAGUACCACAGAAUUUGCCAUUCCAAAAAAAGCAGAUUUUAAAUGGGAAGGUGCUGGGCAACAGCUUUUUGUUAGCGCAUCCGGCAAAGAGGAGGUUAACCCUCCUGGUAACGAUGCAGCCGACAAGUCGAAUACGAGCGCUACUGGCGAAGAUGAAUACGACCCGCAUUAUGAGCCCAUAGUUCCACUACCAGAUAAGAUUGUUGUUACCACUGGCGAGGAAGACGAGGAAAAACUAUUUGGCGAACGCUGUAAAUUAUAUCGCUUCGAUGAAAAAACUCGUGAAUGGAAAGAACGUGGCAUUGGUGAAAUGAAAAUAUUGUAUCAUCCAGAGAGAAAAACAUAUCGUAUGCUACUCAGACGGGAACAAGUACAUAAAGCAGUAUUGAAUAUGUUGCUAUUCAUAGACCUGGAGCUAUUUCCAAUGAAGAAUUCCGAUUGUGCUUGGAUGUGGGCGGGCGUUAAUUAUGUUGAUAGCGCGGGCGAACAAGAGACUCUUGCUGUGCGUUUCAAGUCCGCCAGCUUGGCCACUAAAUUCCAGGAAAAAGUACUUGAAUGUGUUCGCAAACUACAAGUAGCCGCAGCGGAAGCAAUACGCAAAGAGAAAGAAGCAAAUGAAAACACGGCCGGCGGUAUCGCACCACUCAGACUUCCCAAGCAUCUCCAGGACAGUGCACGUGCUGAUAAAGCAAUGUCUUCAUUGACUUCACCUUUCAGUCAAUCCAGUACGAGUUCGCAAAAUAUAGAAAGGAGUUCCGAUAAUGAUAAUAAACAGAAUGGUAUUUUUCAAAGUUCGGAAUUAAGUGCGGGCUUAAAACAAGUGCAUUUUGAAGAACAACAAGAACAAGAUGAGGAUGAAGAAGAUUAUGAACAUGAUUAUGAUGAACAUGCUGGUGAUUCAGAAGAUUAUUACAAUGAAGAAGAGGAGGAAGAGUCAGCGGUGUACUACGCGUGCGACGGCGAGGUGGCCAUCGAAGAAGACGGCGCGCAGAGCACGUGCAAAGAUGCGCGUGUGCAAGUGUUGUUCGACAACGACGUGUGCUCGCCGAAAAUACUCGUCACCGACUCCAAUACCGGCGAAAUACUCGCCGACAUGCUUAUACAUACCGAUACAGAGUUCCAGAUUAUUGGUGACACCUGUUCAUGGUCAGGUAUAGACUACACAAGGAACACGCCGGCUGACAAGAAAGUUACAGUCUAUUUUCCCGAUAGUCAGACAACAAUGGAAUUCUAUGAUAGCUGUGAGACCAGUAAAGCGUCGACCUAUGUAUCAAAUGAUCCCGAGUCUUAAAUAUUUUAGCGUAGUUAUUGUCAUGUCAUUUUAGCUACCUAUGUAAUUCAACUAGUUGUAGUUAUUAUAAUAAGGGUUGUGAAGUUCGGUGUAUGUCUUGUAGUAAAGUAUUAUGUUUUGCUCGAAGCGUGUUUUUAUUUUUAUUUUUGACAAAUGCCGAAAAACUGUACGUAAUUUUUUUGAGGCGUUAUAGAAAUUAAUUGAGUAGCAAGCUGCAGUUGACUUUUGUAGUUUUAAAUACUUUCCAUGUUUUCGUUGCUUAAUAUCUUUCCCAGUGUUUAUUGCUUAAAAUACAAUUUUCGAUUCCAACUACUGCAGCUUGAUAAACCUUUUGACGAUCAGUGUAAUGUUGUUAUUGUAAUAUCAUAUUAUUAUCGCUUUAAUCAAGCAUAUUUUUCAUUAUCAACAAGAAGAUCUGAUCAAUGUUUGUUGAUUUUUCCUUUAAAAGGAAAUAUUUAAGUAAGUAAUGUAAUGUUAUAAAUGAAUAUUGUGUAAAUUAUUAUUAUUGAUUUUAUUGGUCAGGUCUUUUUGAUUAUUUUACAAUAAUUAAUAGCAAAAAUAUGUUGGUUUCCAUGUGCUUUGAAUAUCGAUUCCUUGAAAUGAUCAUUAAGGCUGAAAAGGAGCUCAGAAUUCGAAACAAUAAAAACGAGAAACGGAGAUCAGAGUGCCAGGUAUUCAAUAUUUUAGUAUAAAAAACGGGUAAACAAAGCACAUUUCAGUAAUAUUCCUUUUCUCGUUUGAAUUGUAAAUUAUGCUAUUAUAUUAACUGCAAUAAAAUACUUAAUUCGAAU